AUGGUUGGGCUGCAGACGACUGUGAGGGGUGCGCAUCACACCAAACCCAGCACUGUGAAGCAGUUCAUGGAGCGUAUGACAAAGUAUUUUAACGGCUGGGAAACGUUUGCCGCAGACUUGUCGUGGGAGAUUAUUUACGUGCAGCAUGGAGAGAGUGAGGCAAUAACGACGUGGCAGGAAUGCAAGAAUUUUCCGAAGCUGGACAACAGUGAAGAUGCGACGCAGAGAAGGAGAAGCAGAGGAAGAGCAAGACGAAGAGGGCGAGAGGACCAUGGAGUGCUGGAAGGAAAAGGUAUAUCAGUACCAGGUGACGAUAUCAGCUGA